AUGUCAUUUUUGUAGAGUUAGUGUAGCACGUGCAUGUGCAAAGAGGUGACAGGAGGUAAACCCUCACCAUGUGAGUGGGCGGAGAUGCUCCAAACGGUGGCGGCCUUAUAAAAAGGAGGGUGCGCGCACGUCGGUAGAGUUCCGUUCCAAAUGCGCGGAGGCGACUGAGGGCCGGUUGGGAUCUCCCCGUUUGUGGCGCGCGCGCGCGCGCUCGCACGCCGCACGAUGCACGACUCCGGCGGUGUGCAGCUGGCUCGGGCUCUGCAGCUCGCCGCCCUCUUUCUGCUCCUGGUGCCCCGCUUCCUCGCCGCGGCCGUCACGCUGUGGCUCCUGGACUUCCUGUGCAUCCGGCGCAAGGUGCUGCUCCAGAUGGGCGCGCGCCCGCACAGCGCCGACGACCCGCCGCUGCGCGUCUCCGACUCCAACCGCAUGUUCACGCUGGAGUCGCUGCGGGCCGUCUGGUACGGCCAGAAGCUGGACCUGCUCAAGUCGGCGCGGCUGGGACGCGCGGCGCCCAACACGGAGGUGGUGCUGGUGCCCGAGCGCCGCCCGCUGCGCAUCCUGGACUGCGUGCGCGGCGCGCGGCCGCUCGUCCUCAACUUCGGCAGCUGCUCCUGACCGCCCUUCAUGACGCGCCUGGCCGCCUUCCAGCGCGUCGUCAGCCAGUACGCGGACAUCGCCGACUUCGUGGUGGUCUACAUCGAGGAGGCGCAUCCGGCCGACGGCUGGGUGAGCUCGGACGCCCCCUACCAGAUCCUCAAGCACCGCUGCCUGGAGGACCGGCUGAGCGCGGCGCACCUGAUGCUGGCCCGGGUGCCCGGCAGCAGCGUGGUGGUGGACAACAUGGACAACUCGUCCAACGCCGCCUACGGAGCGUACUUCGAGAGACUCUACGUCGUGCGCGAGCGGAGGGUGGUCUACCAGGGGGGCCGGGGCCCGGAGGGCUACCGGAUCUCGGAGCUCAGGAAGUGGCUGGAACAGUACCGGAGGGACAUGAGCGCCCGUCCGGUGCUGCAAGCCUAACUCGGGAGGAGCUGCUUUGCUUUCGCUUUUCAUGGGCUACGGUGCGCGAUGAAUCCACUAACUCGGGGGUUCUCAGACAUGUUGGGGGGUCCUGGGGGACCCCCUCAAAGGAAAAUUGUCCAACUGUCAAUACGAACGCCAAUCAAACAGAACUACCAGGUGGAGCCCUAAAUGCUUCAGCAAUUAAAACGUCACGUAUUUUGAGGGAGGGGGGGGGGGGGGGGGGGGAACACGCACAUAAAUUCACAUUUUUCUCUAGAGAAUUAAAACAUUUCUCCAGGAUAUGAUCAUAUUAAAGUAAAAGUUUAACAAGGGAAGAAAGUCAUAUUUUAUUCUCAUAUUAUUAUUAUACGAAAAACAAUUGUAAUCGUCAAAAGAACAAAGACAUAUUUUGCCACGACAAAAAGUUGUAAGUAGUCUUCUUCCCCCCCCCCCACAAGAUAAAGUCAGAAUAUGAUAUUGACGUCCAAGUUCAACAAGGGGAGAAAGUCAUGUUUCAAGUGAAUUUCAAAAAUACAACUUUAUCCUCAGAAUAUUACGCCUUGUAUUCUGGAAAAGAUGCCUUUACGCUCUCAUAAAACAGGACCAUUGUCGAAGAAAUGUUUUUUGUUAGGACUUUAUGCACCUUUUGUUCUUAAAAGACUUCAUUCACGCAGGAAUGUCAGAUUUAUAGUGUCACGUCACUAUCAUAUCAGAGCUUUUCAUAGGUCCAAAGACCAGGUAGGGAGAAGUAACGAGUUCAUUAUGUUUUUUGAUGUGUAUGUGCUUUUUUUAAACAAUAUAUAUUUUUUAAAUGAUACAAAUCACAGCUCGCGGACCACCGGGGUUCCGAGGACCCCAGGUUGAGAACCACUGCUGUAAAGGACUAUUCUAUAUUUGAUCCAUGUUGGGUUCCAGCUGGCACCCUGGGGUGUCUGCGUGAAGUUCAGUUCUCAAACGGCCCAGCCACAGAACCGACACUGAUGUUUGUGACACCCCGGCGGGUUGCCGGGUGGUGGCUGUGCCCAUGCAUGGCACCAGGAUGACGGAAGGAACAAUUGGGACGUGACGUCGCGCUGUGUAAUGAACAAACUUUAUUAUUAUUUUUUUUUUGUAGAAAAUAAACGAAUGACACCGAA